UGGGAAGAGAUGUUGCUAAUUUAUCAAAGAUUGGGAAGCAAACGAUAUUUCCAUAUCUGGAAGACCCAUCUGAGUCUUGAAGGCCCGUCGAUUACUUCAUUGUAACUUCGGAUUCAUGAUACGAAUGGACGGUGAAUUAUCCCCAAUCGUACAACUCUGUCCAUAGGUAACAAACCCAUCAACAACAGUUCAAUCUGCAAUCUCGCUCAUCAAUCUUCCAGACGACUGAAAAUUAACAAUGGCAGUGCCCAGUACUUGGGCCACGGCUGGACACUCUUCUACUAUCUCUAUUCACCAAAUAAGGCCAUCCCGUUCUUUCUCAUCAUCAUCAUCAUCAUCAUCAUCAUUGGCACAUGAAAUUUUCUGCAAGGAUAAGAAGUCCUUUUGUUUGAAUUUAUCCAGUAGUAGAGUGGUUUUGUCUGUUAGGAGUAAAAAGUCAAAAGCUUGUUGCCUUUGCGGCAAUUUUGAGAGCUCGUCUUCUGGCACCAGUUGGGAUGAAAACACCAAUUCUCCAUCUUCAGCCUCAUCGUGGGAUUGGAAUAUGUGGGCUCGCCACUUUUCGGAGAUUGAACAAGCAGAGAACUACGCUUCUCUUUUAAAGUUUCAACUAGAAGAUGCAAUAGAAAGGGAGGACUUCCAAGAAGCUGCUAAGUUGAAAUCUGGUAUUAUCGAAGCAACAUUGAAGGAUAGCAUUGCUGAAAUUAUGUUAGAUUUGAAGAAAGCUGUAGACGAUGAGCGCUAUCAUGAGGCUUCAAGAUUGUGCCGAAGUACUGGAAGUGGGCUGGUUGGCUGGUGGGUAGGAUAUUCAAAGGAUUCUGGUGAUCCCUUUGGUAGAAUCAUCCAUAUUACACCUGGAGUUGGCAGGUUUAUUGGUAAAAGUUACAGUCCAAGACAGCUGAUCAACGGAUCUCCUGGAACUCCACUGUUUGAAAUUUUUGUGGUCAAAGAUGCAAACGAGUCAUAUAUCAUGCAGGUAGUGUUUUUGCAACCAGUCAAAGUCAGUGCAGCGAAUUUGAAUUUGUCAUUUGAUUCGAAGUCCAUAAAGAGUCAGUCAGUAGUUGCGAUUGAGAAUACAUCAGCCGGUGAUGUUGAAGAUAGUGCUGAAGAAGAUGGAAAAAGUGAUGAAAGAGGCUUAGACUUUGAGGUUGCUGAGGAUGGAAUAAGAAGUGUGGUUAAUUUCCUCAAAGAUAAAAUUCCUGAACUGAAAGUAUCAGUUAGAUUUAAUCCGAAAGAAGAUGUAACAGAGGAAGGGGAUGUUAAGCAAUUGAUGGAAGAAGACCAUGAAAAAGCAAUUUCUACUGAAAGUUCUGAUGAGGGAGCUAGUAGUGAUGUGGACGACAUGCAGCCUGAUCAAGUUAUUGCUGGGGAAAACAGUGACACUGAGGAAGAUGGGAAAGAUGUAGAUACAAAACUUUUCAUUGGUGGGGUAUUGCAUAACAAAGAAGACAAUCCUUCCAAAGAUGAGUAUAUCCGCGUACCAGCUGAAAUAAAGGAAAUGGAGAAGGACUCCUUUGUGUUACAUAUUCCUAAGAGUCAUCAGGAAAAUGAUAUGGAAGAACCUACUGGCAAUAGCAGACCAGAUAGUACAGCAGCCAAAGAUAUUGCCAAACUCAUGCCUCCUGAUGUGGCAAAGGCAUUUUUGAGCUCUAAUAAGGUUUCCUCGAAGGUUAUCAGAGAUAUGCGGGAGAUAAUUCAACUUGCUGUCAGUAAGGCACAGAAGAGGAGUAGAUUGUCUGAGGUCACUAACUUUAGCCGGAUUACCACCUCUAGAGGUGAUUUAGAUCCAUUUGAUGGUUUGUAUGUUGGUGCUUUUGGACCAUAUGGUGCUGAAAUUGUACAACUGAGACGUAAAUAUGGUAAUUGGAAUGCAAGUACUGAUGAGAACACUUCGAAUAUGGAGUUCUUUGAAUAUGUCGAGGCAGUAAAGCUGACAGGGGAUUUGAAUGUUCCUGCUGGCCAGGUCACAUUUCGUGCCAAAAUUGGCAAAGCAAAUCGCAUUUCCAAUAGAGGGAUGUAUCCAGAUGAAUUAGGAGUGGUCGCUAACUACAAAGGUCAAGGACGAAUAGCAGAAUUUGGGUUCCGAAAUCCAAAAUGGGUUGAAGGCGAACUUUUGCAGCUGAAUGGAAAGGGCAUGGGACCAUACAUCAAAGGCGCAGAUCUUGGAUUUCUGUAUGUUGUACCUGAUCAAAGUUUCCUUGUAUUGUUCAGUAGAUUGAAACUGCCCAAUUGAGCCAUAUGCUUGAUUUAGUAGAGUAGACAGAAGUUAAGGACCCCUGAAACUCUGCCAACGGACUUCUGUUUGUGUCUUUCAAUCUACCAUCAAUUUUGUUGGAUCCCUAGCAAUUUUGGUCUCCUUUGUUUUUUUGUUUUUUUUUUUUUUAACUGAGUGAUGUAAAUGUAAUCUAAACAUCGUGCGUGCAUAUUUCUAGUGGUCUGUAAAAUAAAGAUGGUCCUCUUUUUCGUUUUACUGUUUUGUUUUCAAUGUUAUAAAUGGAGGGAAAAUUUAAGAUAUCAAAUUAUUGCAUUAUGUGG